CCGCUGUUGCAGAAUCCAGGGGGUGCAUCCCCCUUUCCCGAUUCUUGACGUCAAGCUCCGACCGCCGCGAAGCCCGGCAAGGGCGGUGGAGCGCGGAGGAAGGGUGGCAGCGAGGAGAAGCCAUUGCAGCAACAGCUUGGAGGAGGGAGCUGGACAUCUCCGCCGAGAAUCACAGGGGGCGGGAGCCCGAGGAGGGGAGGCAGAGGACCUGCCCGCUCCGGGAGCCGCUGGGUUGCUGCAAAGAGGGGCGGGGAGAGGCGGGGGCGCCGCCUGCACCGCGCUGGCUCCAGCGGUGCCCGCGGGGAAUGUGACAUCAGCAGCGCCGGGCGCUUGUGGCUGCAGGAGGCAUCUCGCCUCGGCUGCGCUGUGCACACCUAGCCCCGGGGAGGACGCAGACCCGGGCAGGCGGCAGGGAUGUCGGCGAAGGAGAGGCCAAAGGGCAAAGUGACCAAGGACAGCGUGACCCUCCUGCCCUGCUUUUAUUUCGUGGAGUUGCCGAUAUUGGCAUCAUCGGUGGUUAGCCUGUAUUUCCUUGAACUCACGGAUGUCUUCAAACCUGUGCACUCUGGAUUCAGCUGCUAUGACCGGAGUCUUAGCAUGCCGUACAUCGAACCCACCCAGGAGGCAAUCCCAUUCCUCAUGCUGCUUAGCCUGGCUUUUGCCGGACCUGCAAUUACGAUUAUGGUAGGGGAAGGAAUUCUCUACUGUUGCCUGUCCAAGAGAAGGAAUGGGGUUGGACUGGAGCCCAACAUUAACGCCGGAGGCUGCAACUUCAACUCUUUCCUUAGGAGAGCCGUCAGAUUUGUUGGCGUCCACGUCUUUGGGCUCUGCUCCACCGCGCUCAUCACCGACAUCAUACAGCUGUCCACGGGGUACCAGGCGCCCUACUUUCUGACGGUGUGCAAGCCGAACUACACCUCUCUGAACGUGUCUUGCAAAGAGAAUUCCUACAUUGUGGAGGACAUCUGCUCAGGGUCUGACCUUACAGUAAUCAACAGUGGCAGAAAAUCAUUCCCUUCUCAACAUGCAACUCUUGCUGCCUUUGCAGCUGUGUACGUUUCGAUGUACUUCAACUCCACACUAACGGAUUCCUCUAAGCUUCUGAAACCGCUCCUGGUCUUCACCUUUAUCAUCUGUGGAAUCAUCUGCGGGCUGACGCGGAUAACCCAGUACAAGAACCACCCCGUUGACGUCUACUGUGGCUUUUUAAUAGGAGGAGGAAUUGCUCUGUACUUGGGCCUGUAUGCUGUGGGGAAUUUUCUGCCUAGUGAAGAGAGUGCAUUUCAGCACAGAGAAGCCCUCAGGUCUCUGACAGACCUCAACCAAGACCCCAGCCGGGUUUUAUCUGCUAAGAACGGUAGCAGCAGUGACGGAAUUGCUCACACGGAAGGCAUCCUCAACCGAAACCACAGAGAUGCUAGCUCGCUGACAAACCUCAAAAGGGCCAACGCUGACGUGGAAAUCAUCACGCCGCGGAGCCCCAUGGGGAAGGAGAACAUGGUCACCUUCAGCAACACCUUGCCUAGAGCCAACACCCCGUCCGUGGAAGACCCCGUCAGAAGGAACGCCACCAUCCACGCCUCUAUGGAUUCCGCUCGGUCCAAGCAGCUCCUCACCCAGUGGAAGAGUAAGAAUGAAAGCCGCAAGUUGUCCCUGCAGGUUAUAGAGACUGAGCCCGGACAGUCACCACCCAGAUCCAUAGAAAUGAGGUCGAGCUCAGAGCCAUCGAGGGUGGGAGUCAACGGAGACCACCACGGUCCCGGCAAUCAGUACCUCAAGAUCCAGCCUGGCACCGUCCCUGGCUGCAACAACAGCAUGCCUGGGGGGCCAAGGGUGUCCAUUCAGCCCCGCCCCGGGUCCUCACAGUUAGUGCACAUCCCCGAGGAGACGCAGGAAAACAUAAGCACCUCCCCGAAAAGCAGCUCCGCCCGGGCCAAGUGGCUGAAAGCGGCGGAGAAGACGGUGGCCUGCAACAGGAGCAACAGCCAGCCUCGGAUCAUGCAGGUCAUAGCCAUGUCCAAGCAGCAGGGCGUCCUGCAGAGCAGCCCCAAGAACACCGAAGGCAGCACGGUCUCCUGCACUGGCUCCAUCCGCUACAAAACCCUGACGGACCACGAGCCCAGCGGGAUUGUGAGGGUCGAGGCUCACCCGGAGAACAACAGGCCCAUCAUACAGAUCCCGUCCACCGAAGGCGAGGGCAGCGGCUCCUGGAAGUGGAAGGCCCCUGAGAAGGGCAGCCUUCGCCAAACUUACGAGCUCAACGACCUCAACAGGGACUCAGAGAGCUGCGAGUCCCUGAAAGACAGUUUUGGGUCUGGAGACCGCAAGAGAAGCAACAUCGAUAACAACGAGCACCACCACCACGGGAUCACCACCAUCCGCGUCACCCCCGUGGAGGGCAGCGAAAUUGGGUCAGAGACCCUGUCCGUUUCUUCUUCCCGCGACUCCACCCUGCGGAGAAAGGGCAACAUCAUCCUAAUCCCCGAGAGGAGCAACAGCCCCGAAAACACGAGAAACAUCUUCUACAAAGGAACCUCCCCGACCCGGGCUUACAAGGACUGAGUGAUGGCCACUCAGUCACCUGGGCAGCCCCCAGAGGACCACGUGUCGAUUCUACCAGUGCUCUGUCCCAGCGCUUCAGGAAGCCUUCCCAUCACACGGGACUAUCCACCAUCGGCCCGGAACUCAGCGACUCUUGAGAACUACCACACUCAAGCUUGUAGGUUGCACAUCGAGGGGAGGGAAAAGCACAAAGCAAGAACUUAACCAACGUGAUCCUGUGAGGACUCUUCUUAAGACCUACCUUCAAACUCAAAAGGUGUGCAGAGGGCAGGAUCAAGAGAAAGCGGUUUCCUUCAGUGUAUACUAUCUUAACUUCCUGAAUGUGCCAACUUGAGGGGUCUUUCUUACAAUUAGCUGUGGGAAUCCAGAACACACGUCUUUCCCUACAGCAGAGGCCAUGCAGUAUUAUAUAUUUCAUUUUGCAGAAUCUGCACCAAAAGCUCCAUAUGGGUGGUGCUGAUUAGUAUAGUAAAUAUACCAUGUAAACUUUCAAAGUCUACUUAGCUGUGAAAUAGUGGUGUGCAAUUCCUCGUCAAAGAAAUGCUCCUGUAUUAAGAAGACGCUGGCUUCUUUGUGUUAGAAUAGGACACCCGCAGCUUCUCUGUAGUGGCUCUGUCACAGUCAAAAGAUGAAAAGGUUUUGUGCAUUUCUUCAAAAUUAUGCUUUUUGAAGGAAAAAAAUUGUAGAAGUAUUUUCAGUGGAAGAGAAUAACCAGUACUUUUCUUCAUAGCU